UUCCUUCUCCCCCUCUUCCUCUUUUCUUUUUCUUUUCUCUCCCCUAUGCCCAACAUCUCCAACCUCUUUUCUUCUCCCUCGUUAUCUUCAUUUCUUUUCUCUUCCUUUUUCCCUAUUUUCUUUUUCUUUCCUCUCUUUAUCUCCCUUUCUCCAUUUUUUUCUUCUCUUUUCAUGUUUUCUUCAUUUCAAUAGCUCUCACUUUUUUUGCAAAUCUAAAUCCGGUCAGAAAAAUGGGAGGAGUCACAACUUGAAUUUACUUUGCUCUCUCAAAUAUUAUUCAUGAGGGACAUCUUGUACCUCUUCGUGACCAAUACUAGUAUCUUGAAGUCCUGUGAUUGAAAACUAUGUCUCUUAUUCAAUCGGGAGCAAGAUAGGUGAUAUUUCAAAUCGUGACAUGAAAUGGAUUGAGAAGCUUAGACCAAACUAGAUCAACAUUGGAAAUUUCUGUUAAAAUAUCUGUCCAUGCCUUCCUCCGAAAUCAAUAUACUCCGUAGAAGCUCCUCAUGACCGAGGGACAAACAGUGGUUACGACUUGCGAUUUACGCGAAAAAAUGUGUUAGGUCCAGUGUUUUUAUUUCAGAAUAUACGAAAAUCGCUUUCAGCAUCUCGAGGAAGAUUCUAUUUAGUGCGGAAGAAUUAUACGGAGUAGACAGAAUAUUAUACGGCACAAACCAUCCGGUCUACAGUCUACACCGUACACCAGAAUUUGUCUAAGAAGAAAGAGAGAAGAGGAUCUCCUGGACUCCUGGUAAUGGAGUUGGUGAAGGGUGGCUGCUGUUCUUCCUUUUCAUCUCACUCAUCGUCUGUGCGGCCUAAGCUUAUCAGGAGAAGCAACCGUUGCAAUUAUAAGUAUGGUUAUGGAUACAAGACUGUGAAGAAAAACCGGAACAAGGAGAAUAUUGCCCAUUUGUUGAAUCCAUUUCCACAUGUGCACUACUCGCAUUCUGGAAACUUCGAGACUCCAAUUCAUCAACAUAGGAUUAAGGCUCUCAACCAGGUGGAAGAUGAGAAACUAGAAAAUUCAAAUGCUGAUUCUGGGUAUGAAAACCUUGAAUGGCCUUCUCCAAAUGAUGAAAUUCCAUUCUGGAAGAGGGAAUUUCCAUUACUGAACAUUGCCUCAAGAGCUUCAUCUCUUGUAGAACAUGAUUCUAACCUUAUGCACAUUGUUCAUGUGACGGCUGAAAUGGCCCCCUUGGCAAAAGUUGGGGGUCUAGGCGAUGUUGUAACUGGACUUGCCCGUGCUUGUAUAUUGCGUGGACAUGAUAUUUUGGUUAUGCUUCCUUUUUAUGAGUGUAUUCCAAAGCACUGUAUCAACAACUUGGAAUUGAUCAAUACUUAUAACUCAUAUCAUGAUGGAAAUUGGGUCCCUACCAAUGCUUAUCGAGGAGAAGUUUCAAACAUUCCCGUGAUAUUCAUUGAACCAUCUAACCAUUUCUUCAAGGGACACAGCAUAUAUGGAGGAUCGUACAAUGAGCUGGAAGCAUAUCUAUUUUUCAGCCGAGCUUGCCUUGAGUGGAUGCAGGUGACUGGAAAACAACCUGAUAUUAUUCAUGUGCACGAAUGGCAAACUAGUGCUGUACCUCUCCUUUACUGGGAUAUGUACCGAUAUCUAUCAAUCCAGAAACCCAGGGUUGUAUUGACAAUCCACAACAUGGAGCAUUACGGAGAGUGCAACAAAGAGCAAUUCAGCAAGUGUGGCCUUGAUGGAUCUUUGUAUGGAUCGGAAGAAAAGGCGGUUGAUGAUCGCACAAUUGGCCACAAUCCUGAGAGAUUAAGUCUCCUUAAAGGUGGCAUAGUCUACAGUAAUGCAGUAGUUACAGUCUCUCCAACAUAUCUCAAAGAAACACUUUGUUCUGGAUGGCUUGCCAGCACUUUGAUAAGACACCGCGAUAAGUAUUCUGGUAUUUUAAAUGGAAUAGAUACUACAAUGUGGAACCCUGCAACUGAUAUAUAUCUGCCUUCUAAAUUUGAUGCAAGUAAUAUCAAAGGGAAGCAGACAUGCAAAUUCUAUGUUCAAAGGGGGCUUGGUUUGACCGCAGAUGACAUGAGCCCACGUGGUUAUUCUUCGCAUCGAGUGCCUUUGGUUGUUUGCAUUACUAGACUAGUUCGUCAAAAGGGUCUUCAUCUGAUAAUUCAGGCAAUCAAGCAUGUCAAGGAGUUAGGUGGACAGAUGGUUGUCUUGGGGAAAGCUUCAGAAGGUCAAGUUGAAAAACAGUUUCAAGAUCUUGCUAAAUCGCAUAGCCUUGGUUCCAGCGUCCGUAUCCUUUUGAUGUACAGUGAGGAACUGUCUCAUAUGCUUUACGCUGCUGCAGACAUGGUUCUGGUCCCUUCCAUAUAUGAGCCGUGUGGCCUUGCUCAGAUGAUUGGAAUGCGUUAUGGAGCAGUUCCCAUAGUCAGGAAGACUGGCGGCCUCGCAGAUACAGUUUUUGACAUGGACAAUGACUCAAAAUCAGAUAUUGCAAAUGGGUUUGUCUUCGAAGGAAUUGAUGAAGCAUCCUUAAACUGGGCUUUAGAACGUGCAUUUUCACACUAUAGAGAGAGGCCACGUGAAUGGGAUGAUACUGUGAAGAAGGUUAUGCAAAUGGACAACAGCUGGAAUAACACGGCAGAAAAAUACAUUGACAUCUACAAGUCUGUGAAGGGUUAAAAGUGAUCCCCCCUCACCCAAAUUGUAUCCGGGAGUCCUUGGAAUCCCAAUGGUUUUGUUUCAAAGUCUGGAAAUACAUGUUUGGAAUCUGCUUAUUGACUUGAGAGUUGAUAAUACUAUAAAGAACAGCACAACUAGAGUACAACAAGCAAAGCUUGAAAUGUUAGUCUCUAAACAUUUAUAUUUGACUGGCUGGGAUUUGCCAGGCAAAUACCAAUAGGAAAUCAACAAAAGAAGAUUCUGG